CCCACUUCUCUGGGCGUUCCUUUCGGAUCGCUGGAGCACACCGCUCCACAUUCUCUUCUCGCUCUCCCCUUAACCUCUUCUCCCUCUCUCCAGUCAUCACGGCGUGUUAAUGUUCUACGGUAGCGCUCCGCGGUCGCCAUGCAGAACAACCACAAGGAGCACCUCUAUAAGAUCCUGGUAGUAGGGGACCUGGGGGUGGGGAAGACUAGCAUCAUCAAGCGCUAUGUCCACCAGAACUUCAGCCCCAACUACCGGGCCACGAUAGGAGUGGACUUCGCCCUGAAGGUCAUUAACUGGGACCAAGAGACGGUUCGGCUACAGUUAUGGGACAUAGCAGGUCAGGAGCGGUUUGGGAACAUGACGCGGGUCUACUACCGUGAGGCCAUGGGGGCGUUCAUCGUGUUUGACGUGACGCGGCCAUCCUCCUUCGAGGCCGUCACCAAGUGGAAGGAGGACCUGGACUCUAAACUCACGCUGGCCAACGGGAAAAAUGUGGCCGCAGUGCUAUUGGCUAAUAAGUGUGACCAGGGGCGGGACGUGCUGACCAACAAUGGGAUCCAGAUGGAGAAGUUCUGUCAGGAGAACGGCUUUGUGGGAUGGUAUGAGACCUCUGCCAAGGAGAAUAUUAAUAUAGACGAAGCAGCUAACUGUCUGGUGAAGCACAUCAUCGCCAACGAGAACGAUAUCCUCCAAGCAGAAGUCCCUGACACCAUCUCCCCCCAAUUAAACUCUGGCAGGGGCGGGACCUGCUCCUCCUGUUUCAGAUCAUAGAACAUCUCCACCACCAUCACUUCAUAGAACAUCACCAUCACCAUCACUACACACACCUCCACCAGGACCAGGGCUCAGAUUCACAAAACAGUUCUUACGCAAAAACUUAAGAAGCCUUUUAAGAAAAAAAAUAAGUUCAUAAGAUAAUUUGUAAGUGCAAUUCCUCAACAAUAUCUUAAGAUAUAAUGAUUUUCUUACGAACUUCUCAAAUAUCUUCUUACAAAUCUUCUUAAGAUGUUUGUUGCUAAGCAACUUUGCUUAACUUUCUUCUUAAGUCUAUAGUUAAGGAGUAAAUGGCAGUUAAGAAUACAUUUUUUCUUAAGAAGGUUUUGUGAAUCUAGGACCAGGACCUCCACCACCAUCACUACACACACCUCCACCAGGACCAGGA